GCAGCUUGAGUCAGUUGUGUGGAGGUGGCAGCGGCGGCAGCUCCGGCUGGCACACCGGCUCCGGCUGGCACACCACCGGCUCCGCUUGGCACGCCGACCCCAGCCCUCGGCCCCGCUGUGUGCGGAGCCCAGGCCACCGGCACCCAGGGUCCUACAGAACCAACGGGACUGGAACUGGCCACCCAACCUCGGAGAGGGUCUCCAGGGUCUCCUACACCGACUGGAGCAUCCCACCAACACCUGCUACCACCAGGGACCUACACCUGGGCUUCGUCCCCACGCCUGGCACCGCAGGGCAGCGUGCCCCGGGCAUGACGGGUGCUUGCCCAGCACCCUGACACCGACGAAGGCAGUGGCCACCCUCGCCGCCCCGCUCACCCCACAUGCCAUUUGCCCACGGGGCUGCCUGCCCCCCGCCACGCCCGGCUGCCCACCGUGCCACGGCCACCAUGGGCGAUGCGACCGAGCUGUCACCCCAGGCCCCGCUGGCCGCCGUCUCCAAGGUGGAGCUGCGGGUGAGCUGUAAGCACCUCCUGGACCGCGACACGCUCAACAAGUCGGACCCCUGCGUCCUGCUGCUGAUGCAGUCCCAGGGCCAGUGGAUGGAGGUGGACCGCAGCGAGGUCAUCAAGAGCAACCUCAACCCCGUCUUUGCCAAGAUCUUCACGGUGGACUACUACUUCGAGGAGGUGCAGAAGCUGCGGUUCGAGGUCUAUGACAGCCAUGGGCACGCCGGUGUGGGCACGCAUGAUGAUGACUUCCUGGGGGGCAUGGAGUGCACUGUGGGGCAGAUCGUGGCACAGAAGCGGGUGACAAAGCCGCUGUUCCUCAAGUACGGGAAGUUUGCGGGCAAGUCCACCAUCACGGUCAUCUCGGAGGAGAUCUCGGGGAACAACGGCUACGUGGAGCUCGCCUUCCGGGCCAAGAAGCUGGAUGACAAGGAUCUCUUCAGCAAGUCAGACCCCUUUCUGGAGAUCUACCGCAUCGAUGACGACCGCAGCGAGCAGCUGGUGUACCGCACCGAGGUGGUGAAGAACAACCUGAGCCCCAUCUGGGAGCCCUUCAAGGUGUCCCUCAACUCACUCUGCAGCUGCGAGGAGAAGAGGAAGCUGAGGUGCGUGGUGUGGGACUACGACUCACGGGGCAAACACGACUUCAUCGGAGAGUUCUUCACCACCUUCGAGGAGAUGCAGAAGGCGAUGGGGGAGAACAAGGUGCAGUGGGACUGCAUGAACCCCAAGUACAAAAUCAAGAAGCGGAACUACAAGAACUCGGGGGUCGUGGUGCUGCUGGACCUGAAGAUCCACAGGGUCUACUCCUUCCUGGACUACAUCAUGGGCGGCUGCCAGAUCCACUUCACGGUGGCCAUCGACUUCACAGCCUCCAACGGGGACCCCCGGAACAGCUGCUCCCUGCACUACAUCAACCCCUACCAGCCCAACGAGUACCUCAAGGCACUGGUGGCGGUGGGUGAGAUCUGCCAGGACUACGACAGCGAUAAGAAAUUCUCAGCUUUGGGCUUUGGUGCAAGGAUCCCCCCCAAGUAUGAGGUUUCCCAUGAUUUUGCCAUCAACUUCAACCCCGACAACGAUGAGUGUGAGGGCAUCCAGGGCGUUGUGGAGUCCUACCAGAGCUGUCUGCCCAAAAUCCAGCUCUACGGCCCCACCAACGUGGCCCCCAUCAUCUCCAAGGUGGCUCGUGUGGCGGCUGAUGAGGAGAGGACAAAGGAGGCUUCGCAAUACUUCAUCCUGCUGAUCCUGACGGACGGGGUGGUGACGGACAUGGCGGACACACGGGAGGCCAUCGUCCGCGCCUCCUACCUGCCCAUGUCCAUCAUCAUCGUCGGGGUGGGCAACGCCGACUUCACUGACAUGCAGAUCCUGGACGGGGACGACGGCAUCCUGCGCUCCCCCAAGGGCGAGCCCGUCCUCCGUGACAUCGUCCAGUUUGUCCCCUUCCGGGAAUUCAAGAAUGCGUCACCGACAGCCCUGGCGAAGUGCGUGCUGGCGGAGGUGCCCAAGCAGGUGGUGGAGUACUACAGCUACAAGGCUUUCCCUCCCCGCUGCCCCCAGCCUGAGACCCCCGACUCCAACCUUAGCUCGCCCCAGUGAGGGCUCCCCCUCUCCCCUGGUGUGGGGAUGGAUGAGGUCCCCUCUGGGUCCCAGCCCUGCUGCAGACCCCUCCUCACCGAGCCGGGGGGGACACAGGUGCCAGCAGCGUGCCCCCACUGGCACCUGGACAGGGACACGGGGACAGUCUUGGUGCCCCAGUGCAGGACAGCACCCCUGUGCUGCCGGGGGGGCCGGGGGUCCCCGGUGGGCAUUGCCCAGUCCCAAUGGUCCGUGCUCCACAGCCCGUUUCCACUCCAUCCCUGCUGUCCCCGUGGUGUCCUUGGUCCCUGCUUGUCUGUCGCUGUGACAUCGUUUGGAGGCUGCAUGAUGAAUCCCACCCCCCCAC